GUUUGUGAAAAGGUGAAAACAAUUCCAAAAACCAGUCACAAACAGUUACAUAGUUGCAAAUUUCACUCCCGUUGCCUAGUUCAUAGAGUGGAGUGGAGUGGCGGACAUCACCAAUUCCCAGACCGAUUGACAGCACGCAUUUAAGCGUUGGAGAGAGAAUUGAAGUUCCACUUCCACUGUGCUAAACCAAACAUGGAGUGGGAAAGAGACCAAACUGCAAAUCACGCCAUUGAAGAAGAAGAAGAAGAUGAAGGGAAGAACAAAGUCUCCGAGUACGAACAGUUCAGGGAAGAACGAAUCAAGGAAAAUCUUGAAAGGAUGCAAAAGCUGGGUAUUUUCCAACUCUCUCGCGCAUUCCACUCUACCAAGCCCCCCGCCCUCACUCGCAACACUCGUAAAACUAAAACCCCUCAGCCUCCUCUCUCCCCUGUGCUUCGUCCUCAACCCAUUCGCCGAUCCUCCAGGCUGCAAAAUGUAACGCCAGUUAGCUACACAGAAGUGCCAGCGGGAAAGAGCCUCAAGUCUUUGGAUUUUGAGGGUGAUUUGCUGAGGGAGGCUGGUUCAAAGCCAGAGACAUACACUGAGGAGCAUGAGAAGUUGUUGGGUAGCACUAAGAUGAACUGGACUCUGUUUGUUGAUGGAUAUGGAAAGGAUGGGAAGCGAAUUUAUGAUCCUGUCAAGGGAAAGACUUGCCAUCAAUGCAGGCAGAAAACUCUUGGCCAUCGUACCCAUUGUAGCAAGUGCAACAUGGUCCAAGGACAAUUUUGUGGAGAUUGUUUGUACAUGAGAUAUGGAGAACAUGUGCUCGAAGCAAAUUGUAAUCCAGAUUGGAUAUGCCCUGUUUGUCGUGGAAUUUGCAACUGCAGCUUGUGCCGCCAAGCAAAGGGCUGGGCUCCUACUGGUCCUCUUUACAAGAAGAUUAAGAAUUUGGGUUAUGAGUCGGUUGCACAUUAUCUCGUUCAAACCCAUCGAGCAAAUACCAAUCCUGAGAAUAAUGUACCCAACAGCGCUCCAGAUUCUGCAAAGAGAUCAGAUGUGGAAGCAACAUCCUCAGAGAAGGAAUCUUCUGAGGCCUGCAAUGACUCAAAGGAGUUACCGAAUGGCCAAACUGCAGAGAAAAUAAUGGAUUAUGAGGCCACUGAAGCUGAUGACGAUAAGAUAACAAUAAGCGAAGCUAGCACAUAUCCCUCCACUGAAUCCCUAUCCCAGGAAACUAUCCCUAUCCCGGGAAACUAUCCCAACUCCAUUGAGGUGUCAUCGUUGGAAGUCAUUCUAAAUGUCGAGCAUGCAUCAAGCUAUACCAAUGAUGGUGAGCCUAGUCCUGGCGAUCUUGCACCAGAAACGAGUUCAAAAUCAAUAAGGAAGAGGCGAGCUGCUGAGGCAAUCCCCGCGGAUAACAUUGCCGAAAGGCGAAGGCAGAGGCAUUAUCAGAACAACUAAUGUCAGCGCACUCUUAGGAACGUCAAAAUGUUGAAUCUAAUGGGCUUAAACUGAUGCUGCUGCAUCUUCCCCUGGUAAUGCAGAAUGCCUAAACCUUUCUGAAAUGGCUGAAGUUUUUAUUGUCUAUAUAUUGUAAGGGUUCUGCUCAACCAUUUUUGCUGUUGUGGCAUUGCACUUUUUUUUUCCUCUAAACCUAUCCAUAAGACCUUGUAGUCCUGUAACAUUUGCCCAAGAAAUAUGUAAAAUGUCCUACUUUCAA